UCCAGUUCACUCGUUUACCGUUUGGAGUCACAAAUGGUGUGGCCUGCUUCCAGAGGGCAAUGAUGAACCUGGUAAAAGAAGAAAACCUGACCGGUGUUUUCGCGUAUCUCGAUAACAUUACCAUUUGUGGGCAUACUCAACAAGACCAUGAUAUCAACUUGCAGAAGUUUCUAGAAGCCGCUAAACGACGAAAUCUAAAAUUGAACGAAAACAAAAGCAUAUUUUCGACCAGAAAACUUCAGAUUCUAGGUUACGAGAUUGAGGAAGGCCAAAUACGUCCGGAUCCUGGGAGACUAGAACCUUUGCGGCGUUUGCCGAUUCCUACCUCAGUUUCCGCUUUAAAGCGUUGUCUUGGGUUUUUCUCGUACUACUCAAAGUGGAUACCAAAGUUUUCUGAUACUAUCAGACCACUAGCAUCUGCGAAAACUUUCCCUCUCGACGACCAGGCAAUUCAUGCGUUUCACGAAUUGAAGCGACUCGUAGAAUCUGCUGUCGUUAUAGCUGUGGAUGAAACUUUACCUUUUGAAGUAGAAACAGAUGCCUCUGAUGUAGCAUUGGCUGCAACCCUAAACCAAGGUGGGAGACCAGUGGCUUUUUUCUCUCGCAUGCUACAAGGUCCAGAACUCAAACACCCUUCAAUAGAGAAGGAAGCAAAGGCCAUCAUUGAGGCUGUUCGUCAUUGGCGUCACUAUCUCACUUGUAAACAUUUCACUCUUAUAACAGAUCAGAGAUCCGUAUCAUUUAUGUUCAAUCGAAAUCACAGAACAAAGAUUAAAAAUGAUAAAAUCAUGCGAUGGCGACUAGAACUCUGCUGCUAUAGUUUUGACAUUCGUUAUCGUCCUGGGCAAGAAAAUAUUCCCUCUGAUGCACUUUCAAGAAUAUCGUGCGCAACUGUACAAGAUCCCGAAAAUCAUCUUUUGUAUAAACUUCAUGACGCUCUGUGUCAUCCAGGAAUUACGAGAAUGUCUCACUUUAUUCGAGUCAGGAAUUUGCCAUAUUCGAUGGAUGACAUUCGAAAAGUUAUUUCCAACAUGUCCUUUGUUGUGAAUGAAUGCAAGCCCCGAUUUCAUAAACCUGACAUCGGGCACCUUAUUAAAGCUACACAGGCAUUUGAACGUCUCAAUAUAGACUUUAAAAGACCUCUACCGUCAAACAAUAAUAAUCGAUACUUUCUGUGCGUAGUCGAUGAAUUUUCGAGAUUUCCGUUUGCAUUCUCAUGUUCAAAUGUUUCCACAGCAAGUGUCAUUAAAUGUCUCACGCAACUAUUCACUACAUUUGGAAUGCCUGCUUUUAUACAUUCAGACAGAGGUUCUGCUUUCAUGAGUCAAGAACUUCGCUCUUUUCUCAAUGACAAAGGUAUUGCAACAAGUCGCACCACACCAUAUAAUCCUGCAGGAAAUGGACAGGUUGAACGUUUUAAUGGCACGAUAUGGAAUGGGGUGAAGUUGGCGCUGAAAUCGAAAAGUCUUCCUGUUCAAUUGUGGCAAGAGGUUUUGCCUGAUUUGCAUUCCAUACGGUCGUUAUUGUGUACAGCCACCAAUGAGACUCCUCAUGAGCGAGUUUUCAAAUUCUCCAGAAGAUCUACGUCUGGAUGUUCUAUUCCAUCCUGGAUGUCAACGCCGGGACCAGUGCUUUUGAAAAGAUAUGUCAGGAAGUCGAAAACCGAACCUUUAGUAGAUGAAGUCGAGCUUCUGGAAGCAAAUCCACAAUAUGCUCAUGUUCGAUUUCUAGAUGGCAGAGAAACAACUGUAGCCUCAAAACAUCUGGCCCCUGUCGGUUACGAAAUUUCGAUGAAUAGGCAAGGGACAGACAAUAUCAACCAUGAAACAUCAUUGCACCAAGGAAGAAUAAAAGAGUCUACCACUACAAUUCACAAUUUGAAUUCACAACCUUGUUUUCAUUUACUUUUUCGUUAUUUAUUUCAUAUUGAAACUCAAUAUCAACUUCUUCCAUCUCUGCUUGAAAUUUUUCAUCCAUUUCUUCUUCAAGAGCUUCACUGA